AACAGGGCACAAUUGUGCAUUUAUUCGCGGCGUGGGAAGUGGAAGAAUCACAAAGAGGAAGGUGGCGGCAUAGGAAGUUGAGUCACUCCUCGCGUAGCGCUCCUCCGAGCGUGUUUUCACCAUACGCAGGGAUGGGAGAGGCACGGCGCAGCAACCAUGCACAUUCUCAACGAGCUUGUCGGCUACAGGGUAGCCGGGUAUGGCUUGCUGCAGGGAUGUUGCUAUCUUACGCAGUGUUGUCAGUUGCCUUUCACCUGUCUCCUACACGGGUCACGGUUUCAGCGCUAGUGGCACACCCAAAAAAUUCUUUCCCACCCUCGCGAAGGUCGCUGGUGCCAUCGAUGGUGUGCGCAGCAAGAUCACGUACGAAUGUGGGCAUGGUCCGGAGCCGCUCUGCCUUGUUUUAUCCGCGGCACUGCCGAGGGGCCGUGAAGAUGCACAGCAGUGCAUUAAGUAGCCUGGGAAUAACAGAGUUCGAGAUAAUCACCCGCCUGCUCAUGGCAACGUUCGCAGGUGCCUCCAUUGGCUUUGAACGUCGGUAUUCGGAGCGUCCGGCGGGACUACGCACGAUGGCUCUAGUCUCCCUGGGCGCCGCAAUCUUCACCAUCAUCAGCCUGGGCAUCCCGGGAGACAAAUCGCGCAUGGCGGCCUCGGUGGCCUCGGGCGUGGGUUUCAUCGGGGCCGGCGUCAUCUCGCAGAAUGGCUUCGAGGACUCCUCCAGGUCGGGCGGGCGGCGCAUCCAGCAAGUGAACGGUUUGACCACGGCCACCGCCAUCUGGGUCUCGGCGGCCCUGGGCGUCUCGAGCGGGGCGGGACUAAACCUCCUGACCUUCAUCGGGGCCGCGCUCGCUGUCUGCGUCCUGCGCGUCGGACGCUUCACGCGCAUGAUCCGUUUACGCCGACGCGAUUUGGCCAGUCUGGCGGAGAGGGCCUUCAGUCUCAA